UUCACCUACUUGCAUUGCUCUCUCUCUCUCACUCUUACCUUUUUAUCUUCAACCUAUUCAGUAUCUGUGAUUUUAAUUUCCACCUGUUUGUCUUGGCAUUUGGGUUUUGUAUAGUUUGUCACUAUUUUUGUUUUCCUUUUUAUAAACUAAUAUUUUAACUUUAAGUUCAACACCCAUGUGCCUUUGUUUUGUUUUGGUUUUGAGAAACUGAAGGGAGAGAAGAGAGAAGUGAAAAGUGAAAGCAAAGACCAAAGAGAUAAAAGGAAGAAUCUAUCUAUAAGUUAUAGAAAACUCACAUGCCAUUGCUAACUCUUUUACCCCCACUAGCGUAGGUGUUUAUCCUCUUUUUCUAGCACUGAGAGAGAGAGAGAAAAAAAGAAUUCUUUCAUUCCAAACAGCACUGAAGAAAUGACUAAAGAAGAAGACUUUAAGCUCCUCAAGAUCCAGACUUGUGUUCUCAAAGUGAGCAUACACUGUGAUGGGUGUAAGCAGAAAGUUAAGAAACUUCUUCAGAGGAUAGAAGGUGUGUACCAAGUAAAUAUAGAAGCUGAGCAGCAAAAGGUCACAGUUUCAGGAAGUGUAGAUGCUGCUACUCUGAUUAAGAAACUAGUCAGAGCUGGUAAAUAUGCUGAGCUUUGGUCACAGAAACCCAACCAAAACCAAAACCAAAACCAAAAGCAGAAGAACAACAACUGCAUCAAAGAUGAUAAGAACAACAAAGGUCAAAAGCAAGGGUUGAUGAAGGGCCUUGAAGCCUUCAAAAAUCAGCAGAAAUUUCCUAUUUUCUGCCCUGAAGAAGAUGAUGAUUACUAUGAUGAGGAGGAAGAGGACUAUGAAGAGGAAGAACUUAGGUUUCUCAGGGAGAAAGCUAACCAACUGAAUUUUCUUAGGCAGCAAGUUGAAGCAAAUAAUGCAAAGAAGGGUGUUGGGGUUGGAGCCAUUGCUACAGGUUCCAACAAUGGAAAAAUGAACAAUAAUGUUGGACAUGUGAAUGCUGGAAAUGGAAAGAAAGGAAACACAGAUCAUCUGACUAUGGGAAUGAAGGCUAGUCCAGGUGGGAUUGAUCCAAAAACUCUUGCAGCUUUGAAAAUGAAUGCUGCUCAUUUGGGUGGUGGGAACAAUAUGAUCAAUGCUGGGGAAGCCAAAAGGGCUAAUGACAUUGGUGCCAUGAUGAAUUUAGCUGGUUUUCAUGGAAAUGGGAUUAAUGCUUCUGCUCCUGCUUCUGCUGCUGCUUUAGGAGGCAGUCCCAAUGGUUUGGCAGCUUUUCAAGUCCAAUCCAACAAUGGGUUUCAUCAGGGAUCUUCUGGUGGAAUCCCAACUGGUGGAUAUCCUACUGGUCAACAACAAUACCCUGCAUCAAUGCUGAUGAACAUGAAUGGUUACAACAACCAUCCAUCACCCAUGAUGAUGAACAUGGACAUGCAGACUAGGCAUGCCAUGCAACAACAGCCCCAGAUGAUGUAUCAAAGGGCCCCUAUGGUUCCACCUAGCACUGGCUAUUACUACAAUUAUAGCCCUAGCCCUAGCCCUAGUCCUAGUCCUUACAAUGUCCCAUACCCUUACACUCAGCCUAAUUACAGUGAUCAUAACUCUGCAGCACAUAUGUUCAGUGAUGAGAACACAAGCAGCUGUUCCAUAAUGUAAUAAUAAAAUAACAUGUAGAGAAAAAGGUAUGUUGCUGACUUCAAAUUCUCUGUUAGUGGGGUUGUUUAGACUUUUGAUUGUAUUAAUGGUGUGUGUGGUGUAUGGGGAAGGCAUGGGUUUGGAUGGGAUAUCUGGUUUAAAACAUUAUCAUCAGUGUGUAUUGUGUAGUUGUUAAGAAGUCGUUGCUUUUUAAUUUAUUUAUUUACUACUCAAGUUAUGUCUGUUUGUUCU